ACGUAGACAGAUCCCCACAGAUGUGAUCAACAAGAUAACAGCAAUGUCUCCACCAACUAAUAAGAAAGAAACGCAAGCUUUCUUGGGUGCUGUGGGGUUCUGGAGAAUGCACAUCCCAAAUUGCAGUUCGAUUGUAAGCCCUCUCUAUCAUGUGACCCGGAAGAAGAAGGAUUUUAAAUGGGGCCCUGAGCAACAACAAGCCUUUAAGCAAAUUAAACGCGAGAUAGUUCAUGCAGUAGCCCUUGGACCAGUCCGGACCGGGCCAGAUGUAAAAAAUGUACUGUCCACUGCAGCUGGGGAGAACGGUCCUACCUGGAGCCUCUGGCAGAAAGCUCCAGGGGAGACUCGAGGUCGACCCCUCGGCUUUUGGAGUUGGGGAUACAAAGGAUCUGAGGCCAGCUAUACCCCAACUGAGAAAGAGAUACUGGCAGCCUAUGAAGGGGUUCGAGCUGCUUCGGAUCUGAUGGGCACUGAAGCACAGCUCCUCCUGGCACCCCGGUUGCCCAUGCUGGGCUGGAUGUUCAAAGGCAGGGUCUCCUCUACACAUCAUGCAACUGAUGCUACAUGGAGUAAAUGGGCUGCACUAAUUACACAACGAACUCGAAUAGGAAAUCCCAGUCAUCCAGGCAUUCUAGACGUCAUCAUGGACUGGCCAGAGGGCAAAGAUUUUGGAAUGUCACCACAGGAGGAGGUGGUGGUGCGUGCUGAAGAGGCCCCACCAUAUAAUAAACUGUCAGAAAGUGAAAAGCAAUAUGCCUUGUUUACUGAUGGGUCCUGCCAUACUGUGGGAAAGUACCGGAGAUGGAAGGCAGGUGUAUGGAGUCCUCAAUGACAAGUUGCAGAAACUGCUGGAGGAUGAAUCAAGUCAGUUUGCUGAGGUGAAAGCCAUCCAACUGGCCCUGGACAUUGCUGAACGAGAAAAGUGGCCAGUACUUUAUCUCUAUACUGACUCAUGGAUGGUGGCAAAUGCCCUGUGGGGGUGGUUGCAGCAAUGGAAGCAGAGCAGCUGGCAAUGCAGAGGUAAACCCAUCUGGGCUGCUGCACUGUGGAAAGAUAACGCUGCCCAGGUGCAGAACCUGGUGGUGAAGGUACGUCAUGUAGAUGCUCAUGUACCCAAGAGUUGGUCCACUGAGGAACACCAGAACAACCAACAAGUGGAUAAAGCUGCUAAGAGCCAAGUGGCUCAGAUGGACUUAGAUUAGCAACAUAAGGGUGAAUUACUUUUGGCCCGCCGGGCCCAUGACACUUCAGGCCAUCAGGGCAGAGAUGCAACAUACAGGUGGGCUCAUGAU